AGGCUGAGGGCAUGUGCGCUCGGCUCACCAGGCCAGAGUCUGGGCGGGCGCGCAGUAGGGCGGUGCUGCCCUCAGCCGGGGAGAAUGAGUUAUACAACCGCUUGGCGUUGCAUAAGCGCCCGAGCCCAGAAUAGUCUCAGCUGCCUGCUUGGUCGCUCCAAGAGGGAAGCGAGCGCCGCCCUACUCUCCUCCUCCUGACCCCGACGCUGGCUCCUCCGGGGACGCCCGAGACAGAGCUGACUGCGCUCCCUGUCUGCGCAACCCUCUCAUAACGGGGUCCGUUCCCCCUGGCGACGACCAGGCUCGAGUGUGGCGGCUCGGACGAUGUAAGGCUGCUGGGGUGACUCCCCGCUUUCCUCCUCUGCACGAGGAGACUGAACUCGACGAUGGAGCCAUAGUAGUAGCGCUCACCACCACACCCACCUACCCCGUCUCCCAGCGACCAUGGAGCUGGGGGCCGCCAUCGGGCAACAGGGGCAGCAGCGAGCCCACCACCAGGCCCCAUCGGGCGGCGGCGGCGGAGGUCCUUGCCCGGAAAUGUUGCAAGUAGCCGAGGAGGCUUUCCGAGGCGGGCAGUUCGCGCUGGCGGCUGAGAUUCUGAGCUCGCAACUGGCUGAGCUGCCGCAGCCUGAGCGAAGCCUUUGCCUUCGCCAAGGGGACGCGCUGGCUCGCGCGGGGCGAAUGGCCGAGGCCCUGGAUUCGUACAGUGCCGCCGCCAGCUUGGCCCGGCUGCGGCCCGAGGAGUUGCGCGAGCUGACCGAGAGCUUCGCCUUGACGAUUCGCGACAAAGAGCUGCGGCUGCCUCCGUGGCGAGGGCCUGGAAGUGGAUGCGGCACCGGAGGCGCAGACCUGCUGGGGGACCCCACCUGCUGCUGCCCUCCGGAGCCGCUGGGCUGCCCCUUGUGCCUCCGUCUGCUCCACGAACCGGUGACUCUGCACUGCGGGCACACCCACUGCAAGCGCUGUGCUCAGAGCGGCGGAGGGGAGUGCGCCCGCUGCGCCGUCCGGCGGCCUGCCCCUUCCCCUAGUACGGCGACACAGCCCCUCGCCUGUCUCCGCGUCAACGUGGUCCUGGGCAGCCUGCUGGAGAAAUGGUUCCCGGCCGAGAGCAGGGCACGCCGGCUAUGCGCCGAAGGGGACGCGCUGUGGGAGAGGCAAGAGCUGGCGGCCGCCCUAGAGAAGUACAACCAAGCCCUUGAACUCGUAUCUGAGAAGACCAGAUGUGAAUACAGACAACCAUUUACCGAGUGGCAGUUUGCCACAGUUUGUGUACAGGCACUUGCUUCCUGUAAAUGUUUGGUAAUAGCACGGCGGGCAGAACUUUGUACAGCUAUGAAGAAUUAUCAACAAGCUCUUUAUGAUGCAGAAGCACUCUGCCGAAAUAAACCCCAUUGGCCUAAGGGCCAUUAUGUGAAAGCGCAAGCUCUUUCUGGAUUAGGAAGGAUUGAAGAAGCAUUGAAGGAGUUUCUUUAUUGUGUUGCCUUAAAUCCUGAGUGGAGCUCAAUGAAGAUGGAAGCCCAGAAGAUAAUGUGCGAGAUGUUUUUCCCAGCAUUUGAAAAUGUGCACGAUACCCUAACACCACCCUUUUGUAAUCGGACCUCUUAUACAAGGUUGAAACCUGCAUUUCUAAGUAGUAUAAAUGCACUGUCUUCUGGAGAAGGUGGGUCAGCUGCAGAGACUUCAAAGGAGGCCAUCUUGAAGUUAACUAAAAACCUGUUCCAAGAGGCUGAUGUGUAUCGAAGUACUGAUUCUCCUGUUUCUCAUCAUAUACUGGAUUUCUGUUUUGAAGAUAACAAAAAAACUUUGGGAACAGUCCUCUCCAGUCUACCUGGUGCAAGCUUAAAAAGAAAGUUUUCUAGUGAUGUGGGGGAUUUACAGAGUUUGGAAGUCCCUAGCAAAAUUCCUAGAAAAGAUGGAGAUGCUACGUGUGGAAAUCCCACUUUCCUUCCCUUAACAGUGAUGCCUGCAAGCCUUGUGGAUGCAUCUGAUUUUGAGUGUUCCCUUUGUAUGAGGUUAUUCUAUGAACCUGUCACUACUCCUUGUGGACAUACAUUCUGCCUGAAAUGCCUUGAACGUUGUCUGGACCAUAAUCCACACUGCCCACUUUGUAAGGAAAAGCUCUCUGAAUUUUUGGCAAGCCGAACUUACAAGAAAACUGUCCUUACUGAAGAAUUAAUAAUUCGUUACUUGCCAGAAGAAUUGUCUGAAAGGAAGAAAGUUUAUGAAGAAGAAAUGAAGGAAUUAUCAAAUCUAAAUAAAGAUGUUCCCAUCUUUGUGUGCACCAUGGCUUUCCCAACCAUUCCUUGCCCUCUUCACAUUUUUGAACCCCGUUAUCGGUUAAUGAUAAGAAGAUGCAUGGAAACUGGUACCAAACAGUUUGGCAUGUGCUUAGCUGACGAACUGAAAGGAUUUGCUGAUUAUGGCUGCAUGUUAGAGAUCAGAGAUGUGAAGUUUUUUCCUGAUGGGCGUUCAGUGGUUGAUACAGUUGGUGUUCGGCGUUUCAGAGUCUUGAGCCAUGGUCAAAGAGACGGGUAUAAUACUGCAAAUAUUGAAUAUUUGGAAGAUAAAAAGGUUGAAGGGGCAGAGUAUGAAGAACUUGUCCGCCUUCACAAUUCAGUCUAUGAUCAAGCUGUUGCCUGGUUUACUUCUCUUAAAGACAACAUGAAAGCGCAAAUUCUAAACCACUUUGGGUCAAUGCCAGGAAAAGAACCUGAGCCACAGAGUAACCCUAGUGGUCCAGCUUGGUACUGGUGGCUGUUGGCAGUAUUGCCAUUGGAGAACAGGGCUCAGUUGGCCAUUCUUGCCAUGACUUCGCUUAAAGAUCGUCUUAUUGCCAUACGGCGUGUAUUAAUAUUUGUGACCCGCAAAAGAGCCAGAUGACACAGCCUUAUUUUUGAACAGACACUGAAAACAACUGGUUGCAAAUGCUCAUAAGAGAGAAAUCACAAGAUUGAACAAUUCUUCCCUUUUAAUGACAUUGAUCUGUUCAUCUAAGCAUUCACCAUUUUUGCACACACUCUACCCAGUAGUUAAACAAGCAUUCUGUGCCUAUUGUCCUGGAGAAAUCUGAGCCUCUUGGAAACUGUGCAACAAUUGCAACAUAGCUGAUAGUUGCAGGCGACAACUUGGAAUUGCUACUCAUAACCAACUGUCUAUUUAUUAUGAUGAGACAACUGAGUCACAAGCCCUAAAACAUUCCUGAAGCCCCAACAGAAAUCUUGACUUUACAUAGCAAGGAAGUGGGACUCAGAAUGGUGGAUUAGAAACUGAAAAUGAACAUUUUUAGAGGUAGCCAGUUGAAGGGAAUUUCUCCAAAUAUCUAAAAGAAGAGUGCACAGACAACAGAAGAACAAUCUUUGAUCUGUAGCAUAUUGACAAAAUGAUUGAUCUGUGAAGUAAAAUAGAUAUUCCUGGGCGUUCCCCUUCAGACAAUGUCUGUUCAAAGAGUAGCUAGUGAACAGCACUGUGGCUGAUUAUAACAAACCAAUCCCUUGUGUUUGUAACUUGCAUGCUAUGUGUAAUGGGAAUGUUUCAAAACGUGUCUAGGACGGUUGGGUUCCCCCAUCAAACCCUACCAAAAAAAAAAAAAGAAUAAGCUCAGGUGACUUGCAUUACGAUAUAGACAAACGUUACCUAUGGCCAGCCAGUCCUUUGUUGUGGUGACUUGGGAACCUGUACACAUGAGGAUUCUGUAGCCUCUUACGGUUGAUGGAAUUUGUGUGUGGAGGUGAUGCUUUUUUCUGCCAUUGCAACACUUGAGCAUGUUGAGCUCCAUUGCUGGAUCAUGGCCAGCAUUUCUAGCUUAUAUAUAUAUACUCUGUUCCCUUUAAGGUGUUCUGUAGUAAGCUCACAAAAGACCGCUGAGAUAUAGAAUUGCCAUUUCAAAUUACUGUUCAUGUUCAUUCUGUAAGUACAACUUAAAACAGGAAAGAUCCAGUUUCCACCUAGAUUUGAAAACAGCCAUGCCAGCCUAACCUGUUAUACUGGAACAACGUUUUGUUAGCAUAUUUUUUUAACCAAAACUUUGAAUAUUCUUACUCAUUAUGUACCGACCACUGUCUGUGCUUUGAAUCUUGGUCCUUGGUGACAACUUGAGGAGGCACAAACUCAACCCUGUAAAGGCAAAUUUCAAUGCAAGCUUAAACCAGGUGUUAACCUUCAAUUUGUUGUUGGUUUUGUAAAUAUAUCUACAUUUUGAUGUCUUAGUACCUGUUGAUAACUUUUAAAAAAUGGUCAGGCAGCCUGUUGGAAAGAAACUAGCAGUAAACCUAAAAUCGCAGAAUAGUGUUGCUAAUGCAAACUGCUGGACUCUUACAAAUAAUUGUACUAACAGGAGGGGAAAUAACACUGGUUCAGAUCUCAGAAUGUUGUGUGAAUUGAAGGCAAACUGAAAGACACUGGUUCAUGUGCAGAUAAUAUGGCAAGAUGAAAAUAGUGGCAAUACCAAAAUAUUUCAAAAGUGCCUAUUUUUAAAUUAGAAAAAGUGUUUAGACAAAGGUGUAAACACUUGCACAUGAAUUCAGGAAGCAAUAUCAUCUAAAAGGUGAUUGACUGCGUUACUGGGUACCAUAACGGUAGUCUGAGGGUUAUGAUUGGCAAAACGAUUGAGUGAGAAGUUGCCAGUAGCAGUUUCCUAGGAACUGAUCAACACAGCCUGAAUGUACUGUAGUUGCCUCUAUCUUGAAUUCACCUUUUGUAGUUAAGUACUGACCUGUGACUACUCUUUUAAUUGUAAACUGCAUAACUUGCAACCAAUGAUCUAAUAAUCUCUACCAUAGCCUUCCUGCAAGUUCUGCUACCUUGACCAGAGUCUGUAGAUAAAAUGUGUGUUUUUUUCCUUCAAGGGAGCUACCAUUAAAACUGAGAGAGAGAGAGGAGGGUCUUAGUGUAUUUUCCCUUCUAUCCAUUCCCUGGGUGCUAUCAUACUUCCCCCAACACAGCUGUCUUCCUGUUAAAUCCACUGGACUUUAAAAGCUUCCAAAGUACCUAGUAAGAAAUUCUCCAGAAUGUGCCCUCAUUCAUUUUUGGCAGGGAACUUGGACCGUUUUCAUAAUUUUUCACAGUAUGUACAAUGUUUGUUUUGUGGAUUCUGGGUGUUUUCCCUUUCUUUGUCUUGUUUUCUGUUCUAUAAAUAGCUGAAGAUACACAGCAAGUGAGCAUAAGUAAGAAACUAUUUUGUUUUGCUAAUUUGCUGUUUCAGCGUUUUCCAUGUUUAAAAUUCUGUUCCCUACAGUAUCCCUGAUACUCAUAUUUGGUGUUCUGUUUUGGAUGCAGUACUUUUCUGGUCUUCAGCACGGUAUCCUUAGCCCUUAAAAUUAAAGGUCAAGUUGUCUGCUCUUUUAACAAUCGCCUAUCAAAUGAGCAGAUACAUUCAUUAAAAAUACGAUGAAAGUCAGAAUGUUUAAAUCUGUUUUCUUCCUCUUAGGCUGAUUGGUCUGGCAACUUAAGAGAAGUGGGGGUUAGGGUAUCUGUCAUCCAAAAGACUUUGCAGAAAAAUGUUCCAGAGAUGUUUAUUGACUAUAUCAAGGGGAAGGCUUUCCAUCCUCCCCUAUAAACAUGCAAAAACCUGUUUUCCAUCAUAAGCCUGCUGUGUAAGGCUUCCAAAUAACAAAUAGAUUUGUAAAUGAAAUUCAAUCUUCUUUGAAUUUCACAGAUCAUACCAGUUGUCUGCUACUGUGGCCUUUUAUCUACAGCUUUUAAAAUCUCCCUUUUCAGUCACUGAGAUUGCUUUGUGACUCCAUUGAGCUGAUAAUCAGCAGAUUUCUGCUCCUUUGGCUCAUGCUGUAGUUAAUUUUCAGAGAAUUAAUGGCAAAGGGUGUUCAGAAAGCUGUAUGCUUAAGUCAUACAGUGUCUUGCAUAACUGAAGGCCUGGUGUUUGGUAGCGCCUUAAUUUUGCAGCUCUGGAAUGAUUGUAUCAACAAAGCACCACAAAAACCAGAUCUGGAGCUUGUGACCAGUUUUUUUUUAAAUCAUACUUUAUGUAGAUAAAACUUGAAACAAAAUCCUUACCUGUUUUGAAACUAGUUGAAGAAAUGUGUGUGUGUACGUGUGUGUGGGUGUAUGUGUAUAUAUGUAUAAAUAUAAAUUAUUAAUCUGCGCCUUUUUGUACUUAAUAAAAACAAAAUGAAAGACAGGUAUGUGUUACACCAAUGUUUGGCAGUUCUUGUUGUAUAAAACAAAGCCAAACCUUUUUUAAAAAAUAUUGCUGCAAUGUUCAUUUCAUGUAUAUUUGGAAUAUUCAUGGAAAAAUGUAUUUAUGUGAUAUUUGGAAUAAAAUUCAGUUUACAAGUGUCAUA